GCCAAAUUGCGAAUCAAACAAUGCAUGAAUCAGAAAUCACACAACUUCGUUUACGUCCUUCCACUCCACCUUAUACUGUACGCCUUGCUAAAUUAACAAAGACUCUAAUAAAAGAGAAGUUAUUAACAAGUAUUACAGCAAUAAAGCUUUUAAUAAGAGAGCAAAGCUUUUAA